AUGCCCGUCUCGGACGCCAUCCUCACCCAGAUCCUCACCCAGCUCCAGUCCCUGCAGGUCUCCCAGCAGGCCCUGCAGGCGAAGCUGGACUCCCUGACGAACCCGGUGGUCAGCCCGUUGUCGUCUCCUAAGCAGAGCGGCACGCCGAUCCCUGGCCACCACGAAGCCUCGUCGCCCAGCAGCGUGCCGCUGACGAUCUCACAGACCGGCAGUGGCGUGCAGACGCCGUCUGCGCUGUUCACGAACGGGCCUGUGUCGUCGGACAAGAUCAUCAACGAGAAGGACAGGGAGAAGCUGCUCUACCCUAGCAGGGUGUUGCUCAGCAGUCGGGAGAUUCGGUUUGUUGCGUAA